GCAAUGGAGCCCAUUGCCAUCAUCGGCUUCUCCUUCCGGCUGCCAGGGGGCGCCGAGGACGACUCCAGUCUGUGGCAGAUCCUGGAGAGCGGCCGAAAUGUCAUGACCGAGUGGCCUAGCUCACGGGCAAACAUUCAAACCUUUUACUCGGACGACCCUGACUCGCGGGCGCACUUCCUCAAAUCGGACAUCGGCAUCUUUGACGCCCCCUUUUUCUCCAUAACCUCCAAAGAAGCCUCAUCCAUGGACCCGCAGCAGGGCAUGCUGCUAGAGACAGCAUACCGAGCCCUAGAAAACGCCGGCCUUCCAGUAGACAAAGUGGCAGGCACCGCCACAGGUGUAUUCUCCGGGUCCAUGAGCGACGACUUCAUCAAGAUGGUCACCAAAGACCCGGAGCAGGCACCCACUAACACGGCCACGGGGGCAUCUAUGUGUCUGCUGGCCAACCGGCUGAGCUGGUACUUUGACCUGAAGGGCCCCAGCAUCCAGGUCAACACGGCCUGCUCCUCGAGCAUGAUGGCCCUGGACUUGGCGUGCCAGUCACUGCGGACGGGGCAGAGCUCUAUGGCGCUCGUGACGGGGUCAAAUGUCAUGCUGAGUCCGGAAAUGUCGCUGCACAUGCACAAUAUGAACUUUCUGUCGCCUGAUAGUGUCUGUUACAGCUUUGACCACCGUGCCAAUGGGUAUGGCCGGGGUGAGGGCGUCGUUGUGUUUGUUUUGAAGAGGCUCGCGGAUGCUGUGAGGGAUGGGGACGUGAUUCGUGCCGUUAUUCGUGGCACAGGCGCUAACCAGGACGGCCACACGCCGGGUAUUACGCAGCCCAGUCUUGCAUCGCAGGAGGAGCUCAUCCGGAGCGUGUACAAGAGCUGCGGCCUGGGGUUGGAGUCGACGCGCUAUGUCGAGGCUCACGGCACGGGGACAAAAAUUGGCGACGCAACCGAGGCAAAGGCUCUUGGCCGCGUAUUCCGGCGCAGCCGCUCAGGGGCCGACCCGCUCUAUGUCGGCUCAGUCAAGGCGAACAUUGGCCAUCUCGAAGGCGCCAGCGCCCUAGCCGGCAUCCUGAAGGCCAUCAUGAUCCUCGAAAAGGGCAUCAUCCCGCCGAAUGCCCUGUUUGAGAAGUGGAAUCCCAACAUUGACGCCAAGCUGAUGAAGCUGGCUGUUCCAACCCGGUGUGUCGAGUGGCCGUCCGAAGGGCUCCGUCGGAUUUCCGUCAACUCGUUUGGCUUUGGCGGGUCCAACGGCCAUGUCAUUCUGGACGAUGCGUACCAUGCUCUGCGGGAACUGGGCUUUCCGUCCGGGAACCACCAUACACGCAUCCAUCUGACGCCAAAGCUUAGAAAGAGCAUGCACAUGACCAACGGCAACGGUCCCAGUCUGCUCAAUGGCACGGCACCAGCUGCAAAGCGCCAGUACAGACUCCUCGUCUGGUCGGCCAAGGACGAAGAGGCCCUUAAACGGACUAUCCAGGGCUACGUCCCGUACCUGGAGACGCACGUGCAAGAUCCCGAGUCCCUAGAUCAGCUCGCCUACACGCUCUCGGCAAGACGGAGCAUCAUGACGUGGCGAUCCUUUGCUGUUGUGCGCUCGGACGAUGAAGAUAAAGCAAGCGCGCUGUCAACGCCGCCCCUUGUGCGCUCGUCGCCUCAUGCAGACGCUGGCUUGGCCUUCAUUUUCACCGGCCAGGGGGCACAGUAUGCCAACAUGGGCAUGGCGCUGGUCGAGUAUCCCGUCUUCCGAUCGACCAUGGAGGAGGCAGACACUGUAUUUCGCGAUCUAGGGGCCGACUGGUCGCUGUUCGAUGCCAUGCAACAACCAGACAAAAUCGAUGACCCCCAGCUCAGCCAACCGCUAUGCACAGCCCUGCAGCUUGCACUCGUCGAACUUCUCCACAGCUUCGACAUCGUCCCCACGGCCGUGGUUGGGCAUUCGUCCGGGGAAAUCGCGGCCGCAUAUGCCAUUGGCGCUCUCUCGUUUGCCUCAGCCUGCAAGGUGGCCUACCACCGAGGGCGGCUUGCAGGACGACUUCGCGCGGCAGCCGCAUCCACCAAACCGGGCGCAAUGGUCUCGGUCAACAUCCCCGAGAGCGAGGUUCAGGAGUAUCUGGACAGAGCCUCCCUGCCAGCAGAGCUCGGCGACAUCCAUGUCGCGUGCAUCAACAGCCCUGGUAACGUCACGCUCUCCGGAGACGAAGCCGCCAUCGACGCGCUGCAGAAACAUCUGGAGUCAAACGGCAUCUUCGCGCGCAAGCUGACCACGGGUGUCGCGUACCACUCGCCAGCCAUGCAGGCCAUCGCCGACGAGUACGGGGCCAGCCUGGCCUCUCUCGACCAACGCAACAACACCUCCAUCAUCAUGGUUUCGUCCGUGACAGGCCAAAAAGUUUCCCGCCACACUCUUUCUUCGCCCAGGUACUGGGUCGACAAUCUUGUGUCACCAGUGCGCUUCGCCGACGCACUGCUGUACCUCUCCCACGCCGCCCCGCGCGCCGACGCCAUCAAACCCAUCACCACCUUCCUCGAAGUCGGUCCGCACGGCGCCUUACGUCGGCCUGUGACUGACACCCUGAGCCACCAAGCUAGCACUGCUGGUGGUACUGCUAGCGCCAAAUCCCCCUUCACCUACCUCCCUGUCCUGUCAAAGCCGGACCCUCCCACCAAAGCAGUCCUCGCCCUCGCCGGCCAUCUCUUUACCCGAGGAUACCCCCUUUCCCUCCCUGUCGUCAACCACCACCCAUCACCAACCCUCACAGGCAGUCUACCCCCAACAUCCAACUUCAGAAUUGACCUGCCCGCCUACCCCUUCACCCGCCCCUCCACCACCACCACCACCUCCCAACCCCAAACGUAUCUGUGUGAAUCCCGCCUAAGCCGCGCAUUCCGCCUGCGCUCGGGCACGCAACCCGCGGCCACCUCCCUCCUAGGCGCGCACAGCGCCGAGUGGAACCCGCUCCGCCCGACAUGGCGUAAAACCCUGCGAGUGCGUGACAUGCCGUGGCUGGCGGGCCAUGUUGUGGGCGGGUCGGUGCUGGUUCCUGCUGCGGGGAUGGUGCUCAUGGCUGUUGAGGCUGUGCGGGAGAUGCAACUCGACUUGGACAACAGGAAGGGGACAGGGGUGGAGGGGAAGGGGGAUGAUGAAGGGGGAAAUAAAGGUAAGGUUAAAGGGUGGACGGACGGCACCGAGGUGAUGACCUACCUGACUGGGAGAGGACAGGCGCAUGAGAGAACGGGUGGGCGGUGGGAGGUGGUGAUUUGUGCUUUGGUUGAUGGGUAUUGGAACGAGUGCUUCCGGGGCACUGUGGUGACCGUGUUGGAGGACAGUGUCGGGGCGACUGGCAAGGAGAUCGAUGGCGGGCGGGAGGAGAGGGCGUGGACGGAGCUGUUGACGAGGGGCUAUGACGAGGCAAGGGCUGUUUGUGAUAAAGCCGUGGGUAAAAGCGAGUUUUACGCAUGGCAGAGCGAGCACGGCUUGAAAUACGGCGAGUUGUUCGCCAUUGCCCAGGGGGUAUGCUGGGGCGAAGACCAAAGCGUGGCCGAGAUCCAGCCGGCGUCUGGCCAUCUCUCGUCGCAUCAUUUGGUCCACCCAGCCAUACUGGACGCCGCGUUCCAGGUAUGUUCGGCCGCUCCGUCGCAGGGCAUGACCAAGUCCCUGCCAACCUGCAUCCCGCACAAGAUGCAGGAUGUCUGGAUCACAGCCUCCGGAUGGCAGCAGGACCAGCAGCAGGCCCGUCCGCUCAAGGUCUGCACAAAGUCCAUCCAGUCCGGCGGUGUCGGGCUGGUGUCUUCCCUCACGGUGCUCUCCAACCAGGGGUUGCCGCUGUGCCACAUCAAGUGUCUCGAGAUGUCCCCAAUCGCCACAAGCGACAAGUCGGGUGCCGAGAACAGCAGGCGGCGGAAGCUUCUUACCAGCAUCGAGUGGAAGCCGAGCUUGUCCAUGCUGAGUCCGUCCCAGCUGCGGGAGUACUGCCUCAAGUACAUCCACGGCACACCCGUCACAUCGCCCAGUCAACAGGACAGCUCUAAGCUGGCGUGCUCAGUGCGGAGAGUUGUCCGGCGCUGUCUCCCGCAACUCCAAGCAACCGGCUGGCCCGACGCGCCUCCGCACAUGAAGAAAUACGUCUCCUGGCUCGCAUCCCGGCUCCAGGACACCUCGACUACCAGCACUGAAUCCCCAAACAAUAACAAGGGAAUCCUCGCUGAUUUAACGGCCCUCUCACCUCCCCUCACAGCCAUAGCAACCCAACUCCUCUUUCACAUCAACUCCCCCUCCUCCUCCCACCCACUCUUCUCGCCCUCGGAGCCCGCAACCUCCACUGUCAGCCCUGACCUUGACCUCCCUUACCCCCCCUUCCCCUUAGAACUCACCACCCUUCUGCACCUCUCGGCCCACCAGUCCCCGACUCAGAAAAUCCUCGCCCUCAACACCGGCACCGACGGUGGCUUGGCACAGCACGUCCUGUCUGUGUUGGGAGAGAUUGAGCAGCGCACGGGCGGCGUGGCGUUUACGGAGUUCGUCUAUGCUGACGCUGACGGGUCGAAGACGUUCUUGAACAUGGCGCAGCGGAGGCUGGCGGGGAUGGAGGUGGGCGAGCGGGUGAGGUUUGUUGAAUUUGGUGAUGCCGCGGUGUUGGAAGAAAGGGAAUUUGAUAUGAUUUUUGUUGGGACAAGGAUGGUCGAUAGAGAUGGGGUUUUAGGGCGGGUACGGAGGCUGUUGAAGGCGGGAGGGAAGCUGGUCGUAUUUGAUACGGCGGGGGGUGAUCUUGAGUUGGACUUUCUGGAGGGGUUUGCUUUGGGGGUACUGCCGGAUUGGUGGGGUGGUGACGAGGAGUCUGGGAUUGCAGGGCGAGUGAAGAGUGACGCUGCGCUGGAUAGGUUUUUGAAGGACAGCGGCUUCUGGGGUGUCGAUCUGGUUGUGCGAGGCGCAGGCCAGCAGGAUGGGUACCGAGUUGCCGUCUCGUCAGCUAUGGUUGAUGAUACCUCAUCGCCAGGCUCGGCAGACCAAAGGAACGCCCUGUUCGUGAUCGACGACCAGCCCAGUGACUACCAGCAGGGCCUGGUGUCAUGCAUGACAGGCAAAGCCCCGUUUGAGCACUCUUCGAGGAUCACCAUCUCGCAAUUAGCGAGCAACGACGCCCUCUCCAGCAUGGACGUGGUCUUUCUCGGCGACAUUGACGGAUCACUCCUCGCACAACUACCCGAAUCCACCUUCAAGUCGCUGCAGACCCUGGCACAGAGAUCCCGUAACCUCCUUUGGGUCACUUCCUCGCCAUCCCCUGCUGAAUCCCCCUAUUCCGGCCUCAAGGACGGCCUCCUCCGCACUCUCCGCGCAGAGUUCGCGCGAAGCCGUAUUGUCUCACUAUCCAUCCAAGAUCAUACGUCUUGCGAGUCAAUCCAGGAAGCAGCCGGACACAUAGCACACGUCUUCAACGCCGCCUUCGGCCCCGCCGCAACGCCCGAGGUCGAGUACGUCGUCCGCGACGGGCUGCUCCACGUCGGCCGCCUCAUCCAAGAACCGGCCCUGGACGAAGAGCUUCUCCUUGCCACCACCGAUCCGUCAUCAGCACCCCUAAAAGUCACAACCGAGCGCUGGCUCCCUGGCCCGCCCCUCCGCCUCGCUGUCCAAAGCCCCGGUUCCCUCGAAACGCUCAGCUACGUCGACGACACCAAGUAUCGAUCCGCCCCGCUUGGGCCGAAUGAGGUUGAAGUCGAAGCCAAAGCGUGGGGCCUCAACUUCCGCGACGUGUUCAUCGCGCUGGGGCGGCUGCCGGGCGAGAUCAAGGAGGGGCUGGGCGGCGACUGCGCGGGCGUCGUAACUCGGGUGGGAGAAGGGUGCGAGGAAUUCCGGCCGGGGGACCGUGUGUUCUUGCUGACUUUCGGGUGCAUGCGCAUGUUCCCUCGCGCUGACCAGAGGGCGGUUAUCAAGAUUCCGGAUGCGCUGGGCUUUGCUGAGGCCUGUGCCGUCAUGUUCCCGGCUGUCACGGCGUGGCAGUCGCUGGCGAAGGUGGCGCGGUUAGAGAAGGGGGAGAAGGUGCUUGUGCACGCUGCCGCGGGUGCAACGGGCCAGAUGGCGGUCCAGAUCGCGAGGUACCUCGGGGCCGAGGUCUUUGCGACGGUGGGGUACGAGCAUAAGAAGCGGCUGUUGCUGGAGACGUAUGGGGAUGCGGUCAAGGAGGAGCGGGUGCUCUACAGUAGAGACACGAGCUUCACCAAGGGCGUCAUGCGCUUGACAGAUGGCUACGGCGUGGAUGUGGUGUUGAAUUCGCUUGCCGGUGAAGGCCUGCGCGAAUCGUGGGAAUGCAUUGCGCCAUACGGGCGCUUCAUUGAGAUUGGAAAGGUCGACAUCCAAGCAAAUUCGGCUUUACAUAUGGCGCAGUUUGCCAAGAACGUAUCCUUCUCUGCCGUCGACCUCCGCCACGUCAUGGCCUCUCGUCCGGACAUGGGGAAGAGGCUAAUGCGUGAGGUGAUGGACCUCGUCAGGGAUGGCGUGCUGGUUGCGCCGAGUCCUGUGCACACUUACCCGGCAUCAGCCGUAGUGGAUGCUUUUCGAUACUUCCAAAGCGGUAGGAAUACAGGGCGCGUCGUCAUUGAUCUCGAUCGCGCCCACGAGGUGCAGAAACACCUCAUUCCUCCUCGCAGGUCGUGGAGUUUCGACAGCAACGCCGCAUACCUUGUUGCUGGCGGUUUGGGCGGCAUCGGCCGAUCCAUCCUCAAGUGGAUGGCGCAGAAAGGCGCUCGACACUUAAUCGUGCCGUCAAGAUCAGGGGUCCCAUCCACAGGUGACGCUGCCAAUGUCAUCGACGAGCUUACGCGACAAGGCGUCAACGUUGCUACGCCCAAGUGCGACGUCUCGGUAGUUGAUGAGCUUGCACAGGUGGUCAGCGACUGCAAACAUCCCAUCCGAGGCUGUAUCAACGCGGCCAUGGUACUGCAAGACUCCAUCUUCGAAACCAUGACGCACGCUCAAUGGCAGCGCACCAUUCGCUCCAAAGUCCAGACCUCAUGGAACCUCCACACCCUCCUGCCCACCGAUCUUGACUUCUUCAUCCUGCUCUCCUCCAUCUCCGGAAUCAUCGGCAACGCGGGCCAAGCCAGCUACGCAGCCGGCUGCACGUUCCAAGACGCCCUUGCCCAACAUCGCCAGCAGUGCGGGCAAAAAGCCACGUCCAUCGACCUUGGCGCCGUGCGCGGGAUCGGCGUCAUAGCCGAGACUGAAGGCCUGGGCUCAAAGCUCUCCGGCGGCCUGCGCGACCUCGGGCAGAUCGAGGAGGCCGACAUCCUCGCGGCGCUCGACAUGUUCUGCGACCCUUCUCACCCGCCGCCACACAGCCAGAUCAUUAUGGGCGUCGGCAGCCCUGCCGAGCUGCUCGCCCGUGGCCUCGAUCCUCCCGACUUCAUGCGCCGACCGCUGUUCAGCGCCUUCUCGUCCUCCGCUGCGUCCUCAGCAAGGCCCGGGGGCGGCGAGAGGAACUACGCGGCGCUGUUUGAGCGGGCCAAGACGGCCGAGGAGAGGGCGGGCGUGGUGCGCGAGUUCCUGGCCAAGAAGCUUGCGCGUGCGCUGUCGAUCAAGCCCGAGGACGUGGACGCGCGGCAACCGCUGCACGCGUUUGGGGUCGACUCGCUGGUCGCUGUCGAGGUCAGGAACUGGUUUGCGACUGUGUUUGCGGCCGAUGUGGCGGUAUAUGAGUUGAUGGGGGGCAGGUCGGUGGCAGCGAUAUGCGAUUUGGUGGUCAAGGCGAGUCAGGUCAAGUAUCCCAAGUCGUGAGGUGGUGAGAUCUCAUCUCAGGUCAAUUGGCAGGCUGUUAGUGGACAUGUAAAGUACGCGAGUCGCUGACAUUGGUCUUUUGAGUCUUGGAUGGACGGAUAUGAUAAUCCGGUCGGGAUAAGAUAUUAGACCACAUUGUAAAGUCUUGCUUGCAGUUAUUGAUCGAUCGAUGUAAGAAGUGUUUACUGUGCAAGCAUGAUCACAG